GCCAAGUCGGUUGACAGCAACCGAGUGUUUGACGUCCAUGUAUAAAUGGAGUGCCUAACUUACUUAGUACCUCAUCAUCAAUUGACUAUCUCUAUCUAAUCGAGAACAUACUCGGUUUUGAGGUACAAUGCAUAACUAUAGUGACUGCUUACGCCAUCCCUGCUGCCUGCCAGACCGACCGGGUUGAACAUGUCCAACAAUGCUCUCCCAUUACUAAAUAAAGCCUCCCUUCGCUGCUCCCCCAACUCUUCCUCCAUGUACUCCUCCGCUUCAAUUGCGCAACCAAAAUCCAUCAACCAUGCCCUCAGCCGCCUUCAACCCGGACACAGGCAUCCCUAGUCUGUCUGGCAAAGUCAUCCUGAUCACAGGAGGAACAGCCGGACUGGGGGCCGAGACGGCGCGCCAACUUGCUAGCGGUGCUUACUACUUGGCUAUCUACUCCUCCACUCAUCCCCGAUCCAGAACUAUCGCACGAGAGACCCAUUCCCAUCUCCACUCCUUUGGCUCCUUUCGCAGCCUUGCCCGUUCAACGUCUUAAUGCCAAUCACCACCAGCCCACGCAUAAGUCCUCUACUUAUCACUUAGAAUCUCGAUACCACAUAAGCGCAACCACGGAAGGCUUCUUCCGAACCUCAACAGCCAGACAUGGCACGCACUACGAGAUAACAACCCUUACCCCCUUGGUACUCUCCUUCGGCAUCGGAAACCACAGAUCAUGAUCAUACGCCACAUCCCCCGCCGUGGUCUCAUACAACCUCAUUCGCGGAAGCACACGGAGCGCCAGAACGGGCAGCGUGACAUAGAGACUGCAAUACGCUAGA